UAAAUGUUUAAGACCAUCUUAAUUAACCCUUGAAAUAAAAAUAACGAAAUGACUUUUUAGACCAAGAAUAUUCGAGUUCAAAAUCUGGAAAGUUCCACAAGUUAUCUGUGACAACCAAAUCAAAAACUGAAAAUCCAAUUCCAACGCAAUCAUCUGAGAGAUUAGAGAAAUGUCUCGACGUUUCGGAGAAUCAACGAAAUCAGCUUCUGCAUCAAAUCCAUCAUGUUCAUCAGGGAACAGUUCCAACAAUGAUCCUGGCGAUGUUGGCGAUUUCGAAUGUAACAUAUGUUUUGAUUUGGCACAGGAUCCAGUGAUCACACUUUGUGGUCAUUUAUUUUGUUGGCCAUGUCUGUAUAGGUGGUUACAUCAUCAUUCCCAUUCACAAGAAUGUCCUGUUUGUAAAGCACUUGUUCAGGAAGAGAAAUUGGUGCCUCUUUAUGGUAGAGGAAAAACGCAGACGGAUCCGAGAACUAAAUCGUAUCCGGGGAUGGAGAUUCCUCGUCGUCCUUCGGGACAGAGACCGCAAACCGCGCCGAAUCCACCACCUCAUAACAAUGGGAAUUUUACUGCUGGGAUUGGACUGAUGGGUGGAUUUAUUCCGACGGCUACUGCUAGAUUUGGAAAUUUUUCGUUUUCGCCGGGUUUUGGUGGGUUUGGCGGGUUUAUCCCGUCACUUAUGAAUAUACACUUUCAUGGUUUUCAGGAUGCUACUGUUUAUGGGACAACUUCUGGUUAUCCAUUUGGGUUUAAUGGGUUUCAGGGUGGGAAUGCGAGAGGUUUCAAUUCUCAAGCGACAGGACAAGUGCAACGGCAGGAGGAUAAUUGUUUGAAGAAUUUGCUUAUGCUGAUUGGAUUUCUCGUCCUUCUUACGGUUAUUUUUUUUAUGUAAUGUUAUUUUUCGUUGAACUUACUUACACUGCUGUUAGUUUGUUUUUAAUCUUCUACACUAAAUGGAGUUAUUUUGAGUUUGUGAAUAUUUUUGUUGGUUUCAACUUUUAAGAGGGAGUUGUAUGCUUAAGAAUGCUGCCUCUUAGCCCUUUUAUCAACUGUAUUAUAAACAUCUGUUAUCCGUAGUAAACUCGAAUGUUUCUUGUUUUGCUUCA